UUUUUUUUUUUUUUCAGGAGGGUUUCAUUAGAGAUUAGUAUGGAUUGCUUCGUGUUCGGUACGUGCUAAUGCAGCUGCCGUUGCCAAAAUCACUGAUCGAUGGCCACUAACUUGAACUGGACGUGCCAAGCGUGUGGCAAUGUGGGCUUCGAUGAUGGCUCCACCGACGGAUUUUUCUACUGUCUCCGGUGUGGUGCCCAGGCCGAGGACAUCAUCGACACCGGCGUCGCUGAUGAGGACUUCAUUGACAAGGGCGACGCCGGAAGUGCCAUAUACUUGCGCAGCCACCGCCGCCAACAACACUCCUCCGCCGCCAUCAAAGUCGAACCUGUUUCCCAGUCCCAAUCGGUGUCACAAUUCUGGAAUGCCCUCAAAAUCCUAGACGACGAAAACGGCGCCCGAGCUCAGAAUGUCAAAAAGGAGGAAAUCAAAGAUGAAAUGUUCGUCGACGGCGUAGGGCCAACGGAGCCCGCUGAUUUCGGACAGGAUCGCGCCCCAAGCUUCGACGACUACUACUCGGAAGUGAGGAUGCGGUACGUGAUGGGCGUUCAACUCAUGAUACAGAUGCAGUGCAAGGCUCUAGUUGAGAAAUUCAAUGUGAGUCCUUUGAUUUGCGGAUUGUCUGGAACCAUCUGGUUGCGAUUUGUGGCGGCGACGAGGGUUUUUGAUGAUGGUUGGGCUGAUGAGGUUGUCCAUGAGUCUGAAUCUCAGAACCAAGGAGAUUCAGGGGACUACAAAUCUCGUGUUAAAUAUGGUUCAGAACCUCACAACAUAUUUGGUCAGCGAGCAGUAAUGAUAUGGUAUAGAUCAUUGAACAAUAGGAUACCCUUAUCUUGUUCUCUAGGGGUUUCUUUCUUGGCUUGUCAUGUAGCCAGGGAGGCAAUCCUGCCCACAGAUAUAUUGAAAUGGUCACUCGAGGGAAAGCUUCCAUAUUUAGCUGCUUUUGUUGACAUUGAAAAAUUCAUCGGACCUCCUACAAGUUCAUGUCCAUUAAGUUCAAGUGUUAUGUUUAGGCCUUCUCAACCAGUUCCAUUACAGAAGCUAGAGUCACAGGCAGCGUCUAUUGCUCAGUCAAUUGGCUUGGAUUUGCCUCCAGUAAACUUCUAUGCCAUAGCUUAUCGUUAUCUCAUGCAGUUGUCUCUUCCUGCAGAAAAGAUUCUUCCACAUGCAUGCCGCAUAUAUGAUUGGUUAUUGCCCCCAGAUUUAUGGUUAUCAGUGAAUGAAUUGAGGCUUCCUACUCGUGUUUGUGUUAUGUCAAUAUUGAUUGUAGCUAUAAGGAUUCUCUAUAAUAUAAAUGGUUUUGGUUUUUGGGAAAUGAAUUUGUCUAGGCUUGGUGGUUCUUCCUUUCUGUCUGAUGAGAUACAAGGGAUGGAUUGUGCAAGUAAUUUCAAAACUGGGAACAAUAUGUCUUCUCCUUCCCAUAAAUUGGAUGAUUUGGGUAUGGAAUCUAUCAGAGACUCAUCUCGUGCUCAGAAAUCUGAGAUGGAUGCUGCAGAACUACUGCACAACCUAGAAGUAAGAUACAAUGAGAUUGGGGAAACAUCUGAGUAUUCCAAGGACUUGCCUACAUAUCUCCAAUAUUGUAAGGAUGUGGUGUUUGCUGGACUAGAACCAUCAUUUGAGAAUUAUGAGGAAGAGAAGAUAAUUGAACAGUUAUGGGAUUUUUACCAGAAUCAAAAGGAUUCUGAUCCAUCCGAAGAGCUUGAAGUGGGUUGUAGUAAUGUUUUGAACCAAAAGAGACCAAGGGAUGAUGAAGGUUGUAUUAGUCAGACAUCUUCUAAGGAAAACAAGAAAAUCAAACAUAAAGAAUGCAGGAGUGUCUCAUCCUUGGAUGUUAGAUUCUCUCUUGCAGAUGAUUGUUCAUUGGACAGCAUGGAUGGUGAUGAUUUCAUGGAAAUUCAACAAGAUGGUCAAUAUUCAGUUCCUAGUUGUCAAACUGAGCUUGCUUAUCUCAGAGAGGAAGCCAUUAAGCGUUUGAAGUUAAACAUGGAAGAGAACAACUUCUGCUAUAUUCCACCAAGGAUUAAUUUGAAGAGAUUUGAUUACCUUCACUAUGUGAGGAAGAGGGAUGAUGGUUCUUUGACAUAUGUUGCUCAUGCUGAUUAUUACAUAUUGCUUCGUGCUUGUGCAAGAGCUGCUCAGGUUGAUGUUCGUAUUAUGCAUGUUGGGGUGUUGAGUUUCGAGAGGAGACUAGCAUGGACAGAGAACAGGAUCGAUCAUUGCUUACAUUUGUCACCUCCAAAUGUUUCCUGCAAGUUCUGUAGUAAUGUGCCACAACAGGCGGCAGAUGAUCCCAUUGGAUUUUCAAAUUUGAAUUUGUGAUCUACAGGGAGUUUUUUUUUUUUGGGGUUUCCCUCUUAUCAAAGUGUAUAUCAGAAUCCAUUUUAUAUGUAUAUCUAUUUUUAUAGUAAGAGGUGGAGCUAUAUUUUUUUUGGGUGUUAA